GUGUCAUUAGACUCGGUCUGUGCAUUAACAGGGUGUAUUAUUGAGUAAAUUCUUGUUCAUAAUAUAGAUGUUUCAUUCAGUAGCGAUCAUGGCCUGAAACAUUUUAUGGGCGAUUCGUUUCGAAUAACUUCAUGGGACCAGUUUUGUUGGUGAGGAUGCGUAGCUGGAGGUGGUAUCUCUCCAGGUUCAUGCGUCUUUUCCUGCACUGGUUCAGGCUCUGCCCCCAACGAGGAUGCAGAAAGCAGCAAUGCAAAGUGCGAGACUUGUGGAACUAUUGGAAAGUGAUAAUGAAGUCCCUCUACUUCAACAUCUUGACCAAUUCAGAUACUGUAAUAGACUGCACCUUUGAGCCCAUCUACUGGCUGGUGGACAAUCUGACCCGAUGGUUUGGAGUGGUGUUUGUAUCUAUGGUGAUCGCCUUGACCAGCUCCAUUGUGAUCAUCGUCUAUCUGUGCGUGCUCCCCAUUAUCUUCAGCACAUACCCCUUUCACUGGAUUCUAUGGCACCUGUGCUACGGCCACUGGAAUCUCCUCAUGGUGGUCUUCCAUUACUACAAAGCCACCACCACAAUUCCGGGAUUCCCACCGCAGGAAAAGUGUGAUAUACCUACUGUUACUAUCUGUAAAAAAUGUAUAGUUCCCAAACCAGCUAGAACACACCAUUGCAGUAUCUGCAACAGGUGUGUUUUGAAAAUGGACCACCACUGUCCUUGGUUGAAUAAUUGUGUGGGUCAUUUCAACCACCGGUACUUCUUCAGUUUCUGCCUGUACAUGACUAUGGGCUGCAUCUACUGCAGCAUCAGUGCCAGAGACAUGUUCCUGGAUGCUUAUAAUGUCAUUGAGAGUGAUUAUCAGACACCCCCCUUCACUACUCAUCAGGAGAGAAUGGUGCAUAAGAGCCUCAUUUAUUUGUGGGUGCUGACAAGCUCAGUGGCUGUAGCUCUAGGUGCACUUACAUUGUGGCAUACAGUGCUGAUUACCAGAGGAGAGACCAGCGUGGAGAGACAUAUAAACCGCAAAGAGAGAAAACGACUCAAACUGAAGGGCAAAGUUUUCUGCAAUCCCUACCACAGUGGAAAAAUCGACAAUUGGAAAAUGUUUUUUGGUGUGAAGAAGCGGAGUCACUGGCUAACGCGAGUACUGCUGCCUUCCAGUCAUGCCCCUCAUGGGGACGGCCUGACGUGGGACAGUCCUGUUUACAGAAACAACACCAUGGUUAUAUGAUGUUACAGACAUAUCCAUAACACAUAUUCCUUAAUCAGCUCUGGAACUGAUGGAUCGUUUCAUAUCACUGACUCUUACGGGAGGGGUCAAAUCUGCUCUACCCAAACCCUGGUCCUUAAAUAGUUGAAAUGAACUAUUGGUGCCGUUUAAGCAUCUGCAGGGUUUUUUAAUGGUUGUGUACUGCAAUAGUGUGGAUGUGGUAAUAUGUGCCGAGUUUAAAGUGGUACUUGGUGCCAAAGACUUAUUGUGAGUGGAUUUUUAGUGAAAUCUGUGGAAUAUUUAUAUUUUUUACUGAAACGUUUUUACCAAUAGUGAUCACACUGAUUAAUAGAAGUUCUUUUUGUGUUCAUUUGUCUGUAAACACUUACAAUUAGGUAUAAGUUUACAAGUAUAUUUCCAAAUAAUGUUUUCUAGUUAGAACAUUUGACAAUAUUCUACAUGUAAAAUCUACUGAAGUACUUUGCAAAUUCAUCCCAGAUUUUUAGUGUGGUCUCACUUUUGGACCCCAAUUUAUGUGUUAGCAAAAAUAUAUUUCUUUGUGUUUUGAUUUGGAAAAAUCAAAACCUUUUUGCAUUUCAGUCAUACAAAUGUAACUACCUAAAAUCUGUUUGUAAUUUAUGU